AUGUUUAAUUUUAUGAAGAAAGGUGUGGCGGGAGUGGCAGGUGGAGGAGGUAGCAGUGGCAGCAACAGUGCGGGAAACGGUGGCACAGGAACGGCGGGUACCGCUUCUUCCGGUGGAAUGUCCGUCCUGGGCGCACUGUCCGGGUUAGAUGAUCGGGAUGAUAAGGAUCGCCGGAAGAAGGAGAAAAAACUGCGGAAGGAGGGUAAACAGUUGCUACUAGGGGUGGGCGGCGGUGUAUCCGGCAGUGGACAUUCGAGUAGUAUGAGUGCGGAAGAAUUGCUACGGUUGGAUGAGGUUCGUCGAUCGCUCAAAAUACGUGGCCGACGGAAAGAGAAGGAGAAGCUCCCGAGUGGCAUCACCGCCGACUAUAGUGCGUCAUUUUUCGCCCAGCUUGAUGUGGACCAUCGGGAGCUUGAUCGUGGUACGGAGGAAGUGCUAGCGGUGGCCAAUACUACUACCUACAUCGAUAGUAAUGGGGAAAUGGUUGAGCGUGUUUCGUUUAGCAGUACUACCACAACCCUCCAACCAACCUCCCCUUCUUAUGGGUCAGGGGAUAGUGGAGGUGGUGGCGGUGGGAGUGGUGGUUCCCAACCACAUACACCCGGUGGCACCAAAACGAACCUUCCUCCUAUACCACCCCGACCGCCCAAGCGUGGCAUUCUGAAAGGAUCACGAUCGAGUCUUACUGGCGUUACGGCGGAUGUUGGAACGGUGUCCUCGCAAUCGUCAGCUGCCAUGUUGCAGCUAUUAGCAUCACCUUCCCCAAGUGCCGACAGCCUUACCGACACAACGACCACCACCACCAACUCAUCCUUCGCCACACCACCCUUUUCCCUUAGUCCUGUGGGAGAAUCGCAAGGAUACGAAGGACGAAUCGGACGUGUCCACCCAUUCGACGAACGUAUUACAGCGAACGGGAGUGUCACGUUGGCACUUCCUCCCAUACAACUACAACCCUUACCACCGCCACGUGAUCUCGUCAUCCAACGCCAACGAGGGCCAAGGAAUGAUUUCGGUUUUAGUCUUCGGAAAGCGUUUGUGCUUGAUCGGCCUACGGCAGGCGGUAUGUCGCUUCUAUCCCGUCCCGGUCCGGCACAGAUGCGGGCAAUUAUUUUCGCCGAACCAAGCUCAACUGGGGCGGUACGAACGGGACUACUACCCGGAGACCGGUUACUGCGCGUCAAUGGACAACCUGUGGAGGAUCUAAGCCGGGAAACGAUUAUCGAAAUGAUCCGGAAUAGUGGUGAUUCGGUGAUGGUGCAGGUGCAACCGAUAGCGGAACUUAUCGAACUGUCCCGACGGUGCGUCAGUGUUCCAACACCCAACAAUGUCCCGGUGGACGAUUGUAAUACGCUGAAGCGUAGUGCUAGUAGACGCUUCCAUAAGGCACAAUCGCUCGGAGACUCAGGUGGACGAUCAGAACUCGAACCUCAGAAUACGGUGGGCGGUCGUGUGUGGUUGAUCCAUCGGGGAGGAUUUACGGCGGCCUAUAAGCAACAGCUCUCCCCGUCGACAGUUGCAAUGCCCUCCUCACAUCAUCAGGCUGGCAAGGUUUGGAUUCGGCUGGAAGCAACCGGUGAAGAGUUGCUAAUCGACGAGGAUGAUCUGGAAGUUGCUAACCCGAACCCGCUCGAUCUCGUAGAAGACAUCUGUCAGUUGCCUCAUCUGAACGAAUCGUCCGUUCUGCACGUACUUCGGCAGCGCUUCGCCAACAACCUCAUACAUACGCGUGCCGGUCCGGUACUGCUGAUCGUUAAUCCGAUGGCACCAUUAGCCCUCUACUCGGAGAAAGUUGCAUCGAUGUUCCGCGGAUGUAAGGCAGAAGACGAUAUGCCCCCCCAUAUCUUCGCCCAAGCACAAACAGCUUACCGGGCAAUGCUCGAGACGCGACGCGAUCAAAGUCUUAUCUUCCUGGGACGUUCCGGUGCGGGUAAAACUACCAGCUUCAAGCAUGCCCUGUACUACCUAACCCUGGCCAGUCGGCAGGAAGCACAACCAUCGAUCCGAGCACUCACGGUCGAGAAGGUGAGCGCCAUCGGUACGAUAAUGGACGCAUUUGGCAAUGAACGUACGGCGCUGAAUGGAAAUGCGACAAAAUUUACCCAAAUUUUCGCCCUCGACUUUGACCACAGUGGCCAGAUUGUGUCGGGUUCGGUACAAAUUAUGCCGAUCGAUCGGAUGCGCCCGUCCGGUGGUUCGAACCGUGGACGAGCCGGAGUUCCACGGUGGAGUUUUCUUGCCGGCGUUGAUGGGGGUGCAUUGCGGAAAGAGUUGCUGCUGGAACCGGCCGCCGGAGAAUCAUCCGCCGGGAACAGUGCAUCACUCGAGCAGGAAUCGAUCGACUAUCAACGGCUUUGUCAAGCGUUUCGUGUGCUUAAUAUUGAUCAAGCGGCUGUACGAGGCAUUUGGUAUGUGCUGGCCGCCAUUCACCAUCUAUCUCAGGCGGGUGCGGUGGUUGUGGCCGGCCGGGUACAGUUUGUUAAUCCACGAGCAGCACAAAAAGCCGCCAUGUUGCUUGGCAUACCGGUGGAAGAUUUGCUGUCGUACGUGUUCCCGGAGAGUGGAUCGGGUGGCGUUACGAAACUGACCCUUAACGCAGCCGCUGUAGUGGAAUGUUUGUCUGCAUUUAUUGAGGCACUUUACACGGAGCUUUUCUACACGAUUGUGGGUUUGAUCAAUAAAUCGAUUGCUGCCGUUACGCCACAUCAAACGAUCGGCUCGGUGCUGCUGGUGGAUGUGCCCGGGUUUCAGAAUCCGGCCAGCGUUGGUGGAGGAACAGCGGCUAGUACGCUGGCUGAUUUGCGGUUUAACUAUCUGCACGAGCGUUUGCAGCUGCUUUUCCACAAUGCUAUGUUGGUGCAGCCGAGGGCUCGAUAUGCACAGGAAAUGGUUACCGUGGAGGACUCACUAGCGCUGAUGGCGACUGAUACGGGUAAUAGUGGUGGUAGUGGAGGAGGAGCUGGAAGUGGUGGGCACAGUAGCCCAGCGGCAAUGGUGGCUCUGCUCGACAAGGUUCCCCAGAGUCAUGAACCUCGGAAAGGAUUGUUGUGGAUGCUGGAUGAAGAACAACUUCUAAACCCACAACCGACAGUCUCCAGCAAAGGCGAAGGUCCUCCCGGGGAUGAUUUCGAUGAUGAUGGUGGAGCAGGUGGAGCGAGCGAUGAACGUGAUGGACGCUUCCUGGAACGUCUAUUCGCUUCGUACGGUGAUCGUGAGAGCCGUGAAACAUUACUGUUGCGUGCCAGCGUCCCAACAGGCUCGUGCGACAUUGUACUGCAACAUCUUCUCGGUACGAAUCCGGUCCUUUACUCCGUCACUAGCUGGCUCAAGGAGGCGGCCGCUCAAGCUCACUACAUGCCGCAGCGUGCCCUAAACUGUUUGCGCGACAGUGUGAAACCCGAAAUCAAUGGCCUAUUCGUUGGAACGCUUGGUGGAGCAAUGGAUUCGCUUGCCUUCGGUGGCGGUGGAUCCUCACAACAACUUCAACAACAGUCACUUCGUCGUAUGAGUAGCAUCCGGCGUACCUACACCGGUACCGGAUUUCCGAAACGAAACAGCGUGAUCGUACAGGUGAAAUACACCGUUGAUUGUCUUAUCGAUACGCUGCGACGUACGGGCAUGCACUUUGUCUACUGCUAUCUACCCCAACACAACGGUGGUACGGCCAUGAUGGCCAAUGGUGUUGGGUUGGAGCACCAGCAACAACAUCAAUCAUCACCGGCCGAAAUCGGUGGCAGACAGCGAGAGGACGAUAUUAUCAACAUUCCAUUGCUUCGAAGUCAGCUACGCGGUUCUCAGAUGCUUGAUUUUGCCCGCCUUUAUCGGUUAGGGUUCCCCAUCAGUGUGCCCUUGGCGGAGUUUGUUAUACGGUUUGGGUUGCUGGCGGAGGGUGGAACGACAAUCGGGCCGGGUGCAAAUGCGAACGGGGAGGCGGCGAUGGUUGAUAGCAUCCUGAACAACUGCGAGGUCGAUUCGUCCGUCUAUCGCAUCGGAACCAGUCAGGUUUUCUUCCGUUCCGGUGUGCUGGGCGCGUUGGAAGCAAAACGCGACGAUCUACUCUCCGAUCGGGUCAUACAGCUGCAAGCCCACUGCCGUGGUUAUCUGGCACGGAAGCGUCUCGCCCGUCGCCGGCUGCAGGAACUGGCAGUCAAAUGCAUCCAGCGCAAUGUGCGCGCCUUCCUAAAGGUGCGCGAUUGGCCCUGGUGGCGACUGCUCGUACGCGUAACACCGCUGCUUGCCGUCCACCGGACGGAGGAGCAGCUGAAGGCGGCCACGGUCGAGCUGCAGCAGGUGCGGGCCAAGCUGGAAAAGAUCGAGGCGGAGCGGAACGAGCUGAAGGCGACCAACCACAAGCUGGAGGCACGGCUGAGCGAUAUAACGUCCGAGCUGUCCGAGGAGCAUUCGUCAUCCAACCUGAUCACGGAGCGUCUCGCUGCGGAAACGUCUGAACGGUUACGUCUCGAGAAGGAAGUGAAAGACUAUGAAUCCAAGUACCGCAAUCUGCAGGAAUCGUCCGAAAAAAUGGAGAUGGAACUGCUAUGUGCCAAGUCAGAACUGAACUGUGACUUUGACGAUUGUAGCACACUUGGUGACUACGAUGGCGAUGGUACGGAUCGGGACGGGCUAGCUCUAGGGGCUGAUGGUGAGAUGGCCAAAAGUUACCGGUUGCGAUACGAACGAGUUGCUCGAGAGCUGGAGUUUACCAAGAAACGUCUCCAGACCCAGCACGAGCAUGAUCUGGAGCAGCUUGUCGGGCUGAAGAAGCAGCUCGAGAAGAAGCUGUCGGAUGCGUACGAAGAGGUCGAAGAGCAACGCCAGGUGGUGGCACAAUGGAAGCGUAAGGCACAGAAAAUGACCAACGAAAUGAACGAUCUGCGCAUGCUGUACGAAGAACAGAACAGUCGGAACAAUUUGCUGGAGAAGCGGCAGCGAAAGUUUGAUGCCGAAUGUCAAACGCUACAGGACUCGGCUCGGCAGGAGAAGCAAGCGAAGGAGCGUAUCGCUCGUGAGAAGGAUGUGCUGAUGGCGGAAAAAUGUAAGCUCGAACAAACGGUGUCCGAUAUCCGGCUGGAGCUGGAACUGAAAGAGGAGAAAAAUGCAGCGCUCCAGCACGAGCUUGACGAGAUGGCGUUUGGAGGCGGCACUGAGGAAGAAAUUGCACAGCUGAAGCGUCAGAAGAUGGAGCUUGAUCGGCGAUGUAAGGAGCAGGAUGAAGAGUUGGACGAGAUGGCUGGACAGAUACAGCUGCUGGAACAGGCGAAGUUGCGGCUGGAGAUGUCGCUCGAGACGAGUCGUAAGGAGGCACGCAAGGAAGCUCAGCAGCGAGACGAUGAGAUGGAAGAGAUCCGUGGUGCUUCGUACAAGAAGAUAAAGUCUUUGGAGUGUCAGCUGGAGCAGGAGCAUGAAGAGCGCACUCAGCUGUUGCGUGACAAGCACGAGCUGGAGCGGAAGCUUGCCAGCUUGGAAGAUCAGGACCGUGCUGAACGAGCAGCAGAAGAAGCGAUGGUACAACGGCUAAAACGUGACGCCCGAAAGUAUCGCGCCCUAUUACGGGACGCUCAAAGUCAACUCGAUCGAGCAAAGGGAGACUCCGCCAGCAAAGCACUUGUCCGACAGUUGCGCAAUCAGCUAGAGGAUGCCGAAUCUGCACGAGUCGCUGCUCUUAAAGCACGCCAAGUGCUGGAAGGUGAACUCCAGGAUGCACAAAUGCUGCUCGAAGAAACGCAACGGGCCCGAAACGAAGCGGAGGAUAAGGCCACAAUGGCACAGCGUGAUCGGACCGAACUUCAAGCACAGAUAGACGAAAACGAAGAGGAGAUGGCGGAAUUGAUGAAGAAGUACAGUGCCACGGUAAAGCAGCUGUCCAGCGAACAGUCCCUAAUAGCGGAGUUCGAGCUGCGGGUGUCCGAGCUGGAGGGUGAGAAGAAAUCGCUCAAGGAGCAGGUCGUCGAGCUGGCGACCCGGCUUGAGAGUGUGGAAACCAUUGGCGAACCAUCGAACAGUAUGGCGUUCAAGCGGCUGGAGCUGCGCACCAAAGAGCUGGAGUCGCGUCUCGAGUUCGAGCAGGCGACCCGGGCCCGCAUCGAGAUACAGCUCAACCGGCACAAGGAUUCGCUGGAAAAGUUGCAGGGCGAGUUGAUGCAGGCGCGCAACCGCGAAUCGCAGGCCCAGGAUGCGCUGAAAAAGGCACAGAAAACGGUACGCGAGCUGCGGGAUGAGCUGUCCACAUUGGCCAACCGUGAUCAGGAGGGACUGUUGAAGCGAAAGGAGCUCGAAAAGCGGAUUGAAACGGCCGAAUCGGAGACGGUAUCGGCGAGAGCGGAUCUGCGGCUGGCGCUACAGCGGAUAGCGGACCUGCAGCAGGCGAUGGAAGAGGAGGGUGACUCAUACCAAUCGGACAGCGAUACGAGCGAUAGUUCGUCGUCGAUGGAUUCAUUCCACGAGUCGACUGUAACACGCAAAUCACCAAGCGUUGGAAGCGGGGACCACUUCGGUACAACGAAUGGGGGCAGCAGCCGGGGAAGUAUCGGUAGUUUGGCCAGCAGCACGCGGGAUGGGCGUAAGGAAAGCAAUAAUCCAAGGAUUCGUCCAAGUCUGAUAGGAAGUGUGCGGCGUAAAAAACGCCUACCACCGACAAUCAAAGAGGAAGACGAAAUGUCGCCAGAUGAUCAGACAGGCAUCGCUGGAACAAGCUUACCGCAAAGCCAAACUCCGGAUCUCUUAUCAUCGUUGGAAACUAGUCAUCUUACUAAUAUCCCCAAGGACACUAAAUGUCCCGACACUACUGAGCGUGGUGAAUCGGUGGCAGCUGCAUGUCGCAGGAUGAAUGAAUCGAGCCUGCUGCGCGAAGAACCAACUCCCCUAGCACAAGAGUCCUCCACAACUCUUCCCCCUGGCACUGCCAAUACCAGCAGCAGCGAGCAGUGUGAGUUUCCCUUCGAUAUCGACACGCUGAAAUCGAUCAAGGAGAAGAUACACUCGCUAAAUCAGAUCAUACGCGACGAAUCGCACGACACGAGCUCGGAGAUCGAUCUGGUGGAUCUGAAAAAUCUGAAGAACCAAAUACACGAGUUUAAAAAAGCGAUCGAAUGUAGUCGUUCGCGCUCGAUGGAUAAGCUUAUAAAUAAUGGAGGAAGUACACUUUCUGCGGGCAUUAUCACGACAUCAGCAUCUACAGGAUCGGCCAGCACCGCUAAACCGCUCUAG